GGCAGGAGCAGAGCAGGAGCUGGAGCUGCCCUAAAAGCUCGAAUCAGUGGCCCUGCCAACACUAGAGCCAAGGCUAAGAUCCAGGCCAAGGCAGUGGCUGAGGCAGAACUGAAAACAGGACCAGUGACCCAGGCCAAGGCUGGGGAUGGAGCAGUGGCCAACACAGUGACCUACACUGAGGCCGUGGCUAUGACAAGGAAUGUGGGCAAGAUGGAAGCUAUGACAGAUGGAGUCAUGUCUGAGACUAAGGCAAAAUCCAUGGCAGAACCUGGUACAGUGCCCCAAAGCAAGUCAAAGGUGAUGCCUAUGGCCAGGGUCAGUGCAGUGACCAAAUAUGAAGUCAAGGCUCGUGCUGGAAGUGAAGCCAAUAUCAGGUCCUUUGCCAAGGCUGAUGAUAAAGCCAAUAUUGAGUCCAGGCCCCAGAGAAAGAGAGAGGACGGCAUCAAAUUCAGGGCUGGGGCUGAGGACAGAGCUGGUAUUGUAACCGAGUCCAUUGAUAAGGAUGAAGAAAAUGUCUGCUCCUGGUUCUGGACCGGAGAAGAACCUAGUGUAGGAUCCUGGUUCUGGCCUGAAGAGGAGACCCCUUCUCAAGUUUAUAAGCCUCCACCUAAGAUCCAGGAAAAGGCCAAGCCCAUUCCCAAACCAGAACUCACUAUAAAACAAAAAGCAGCAGCAUGGUCAAGAGCCAGGUAUAGUGUCCUAGUCCCAAUAGAAGGAGGGGAGCCAUCCUUGCCUCCAGAAGGGAAUUGGACUCUGGUUGAGACCUUGAUUGAAACUCCUCUGGGGAUUCGGCCUCUGACCAAGAUCCCGCCCUAUAAUGGGCCUUACUUCCAAACCUUAGCUGAGAUCAAAAAACAGGUUAAGUAUAGGGAAAAGUAUGGGCCCAAUCCAAGAGCCUGCCGCUGUAAAUCACGUGACUUUAGUUUAGAGCCUAAAGAAUUUGAUAAACUCGUUGCCCUACUUAAGUUAACUAAGGAUCCUUUUAUUCAUGAAAUAGCUACUAUGAUAAUGGGCAUCAGUCCGGCUUAUCCAUUUACCCAAGAUAUAAUUCAUGAUGUAGGUAUUACUGUUAUGAUUGAAAACUUGGUCAAUAAUCCCAAUGUUACAGAACACCCUAGAGCUUUAAAUAUGGUAGAUGACAACUCUGAGUCUUCUGAAGAACCAAAACCAGCAGAGUCGUACAUACAUUUAGUUUGUAGGGACAUAAUCUCUUACCCAUUGAACUCCCCCGUGCAACUGGCUGGACUAAAAUUAUUAGUGCACCUAAGUGUGAAAUUUGAGGAUCACCAUAUAAUUGCUAAUUACAUUCCAGAUUUUCUUACCUUGUUAAACAAGGGAAGUGUCAAAACCAAGUUUUAUGUUUUAAAAGUGUUCUUGCGCUUGUCCAAAAAUCAAGCCAAUACAAGAGAACUGAUUAGUGCCAAAGUACUAUCAUCAUUGGUUGCGCCCUUUAACAAGAAUGAGUCAAAGGCCAAUAUUCUUAAUAUCAUUGAAAUAUUUGAGAAUAUAAAUUUCCAAUUCAAAAAGAAGGCGAAGCUGUUUACCAAGGAAGAGUUCACUAAAUCUGAGCUUAUUUCCAUAUUCCAGGAAGCAAAAGAGUUUGGUCAGAAACUCCAAGACUUAGCAGAUCACAGUGAUCCUGAGGUGAGAGAUAAAGUUAUACGAUUAAUACUGAAACUCUGAAUGGUUGUAUGUUCUUACAAAAUUGUGAACAAUUUUUUUUUGGUGUUGUAAUAUGAAGCCAUGCAUAUUUUAACUGUAAGUUCAUCUAAGUUCAAUAUUUAUGUUAUUUGUAUUGAUUGAAGGAGGCAACUUUAUGGAUACCAAGUGAUCUUGAGAACUUGAAUGUUCAUUUUUAUUGUGCUAUAUAAAUGGAGAUAUUUUUAGUAUUUUUGCAACAUUACCUGAUAAUUAACCUAUUCAUUCUGAGUAAGCUAUAUUUCUGUGCUUUAUAUUGACAUAAAUGUAUGCGUUUGAGACUUUAUUUACAUGUUAAUAAAGUUGCAUGCUCAAACUGGUGAAAACAUUGUCCUAGUUUUUCAGUUGAAUGA